AGAUGAAAUGGAUCAUAAAACACCACCUAUUAUGGUAACAUCUCUAUCAUUUGCUUCAUUAUUAUUUCUCUUUCUUGUAAACUUGAACACUCCAACUAUUAUACGGUCAAUUUGCAUAUUAAGUGCCUCAGACGAUAAUACAUCCUAUCCUUAUGCUUCUUAUAAUACCAUAGUUUUGAUACUUUCGGACU